AAGUAAAAGUAAAACACCAAGAGUUCUGCACUCACGCGCGCCAGACAUCCCGCCCCACCCUCCACCACGUACCCCCCACCGAUUCUCCCCCCCAAACGGAACGGAAUAGAACGGCGAACAUGUCUACCCAGGAGAUCACCAAGAAGCGGAAGCGAUCGGACAAGGCCUCGGACGAUGUAGUGACGGCGACGGUGAAGGGCGACAAGGCGGAGAAGACCGAGAAGCCCGAGAAGACGGCGAAGUCGGGCGAGAGCAAGAAACGGAAAUCCGACAAAGUGCAAGACGCGGAAGUGCAAGAAGUGGGGGACAAGAAGAGCCGAAAGAAGAAGAAGCGCUCGAAGGAGGAGGAGGCCGCCGAGGGUGAGGGCGACGCUACCACCACGGUAGAGGCUGCUGCUGCAACAGUCGGAAGCGCCGCCCAGGAGGAGAAGCCUGCGAAAACCAAGAAGAAGAAGGUGGAGGCUGCUGCUGCCACCGUGAAAGGUGAUAAGGAGGAGAAGUCUGCAAAGCCGAAGACGAAGAAGAAGAAGCCUGCGGCGAAGAAGGACCCGAAAUCGAAGGACACCACCACGGAAGGAGGAGAAGAUGCGGCGGAGUCCACGGAAGCGAAGAAAAAGUCGCGGUUCAUAGUCUUCAUCGGCAACCUCCCCUACACAGCCACGAAGGCCACCGUGACCACGCACUUCGCCGCCGUCGAGCCUACCUCCGUCCGUCUGCUCACCAUGAAGGACAACCCGACCAAAUGCAAGGGCUACGCGUUCCUCGAGUUCGCACGCUACGACAAGAUGGAGCUGUGCCUGUCGAAAUUCCACCACAGCAUGUUUAACGAUGGAAAGUCGGAGCCGAGGAAGAUCAAUGUCGAGUUGACGUACGUUUUUCCUCCCCAACCCUGGAUGGAUGGAUGGAUGGCUGAACUGACUGUUCGGGAUAUACAGUGCGGGAGGUGGCGGAGGGAAGAGUAAAGUGCGCAGGGAUAAACUGGCGGUCAAGAACGAGAAGCUGCGCGAGGAGCGACAGCGUACGGCUGCGGAGCGGGUGAAGGACAGGAGUGAGCGUAAGGCUCAGGCCGACGAUGAGGGCAAUGGGAUGCACCCGAGCCGAAGACGUCGUCUGGAUUAAUUAGCAAUUGUCGUGCGCUGGAAGGUCACAUCGGUAUCUGUAAGCUUUGGAAUGUUCACAUCAGUAUGUGUGAGCUCUGGAAAGGUCACCGCGAGGUAUAGAGAUCUAGUCAGAUAGAUGGAAAGGAA